AUGGCUCAACACUUUUCCACUACUGCUGUAAAGGGCCACUUGCCAUUUUUCAUUAGUUUGCAAUAUGGACUUUGGGUCGACGAGUCUCUCAAUAUUAAGCCUUCUUUCAAAGAGGUGGUGGACGUGUUUUACAAGGCAGUUGCAAGCAAAGUCGAUUUCAAGAACAAGGCGGAAGAGGUGAGAAUCGAAGUGAAUUCAUGGGCCGAAGAGAAGACUGGUGGUCUGAUCAAAGACUUUUUUGCUCCCGGAUCAAUUGACGAUUUAACUAGGCUCGUGUUUUCGAAUGCAUUGUACUUCAAAGGGGAUUGGGAGAAGAAGUUUGAUGUGUCGAAAACAAAAGAGCAAGAAUUCUACCUUCUCAGCGGGAGAUCAGUUCAGGCACACUUCAUGUCCACCGAUAGGUGGCAGUAUUUAAGGGAGUUUGACGGCUUCAAAGUCUUAGAGCUUCCUUACAGACAAGGUGGUGAAGAAGAAGGCAAGCCUCCUCAGCGGCGUUUCUCCAUGGACAUUAUUCUUCCUGUUGCGAAAGAUGGGCUGCCAGCUUUGUUGGACAAAGUUUGUACCGACAAUGACUUCUUGAAUCAACAUCAGCCAUACAGUAAAGUUGAAGUGGGCGACUUCAAAAUCCCUAGGUUUAAGUUUUCUUCCAACUUUGAAGCGUCCGAAACUCUCAAGGAGUUAGGAUUGGUGUUACCUUUCACUAGUGGUUUGCCAGAGAUGGUUGACUCGCCACCUGGUGAUGCUUUCAAGAUACUCCACAAAUCGUGCAUUGAAGUUAAUGAAGGAGGCACUGAAGCUGCAGCUGUUACUGCGACACAACUUAUGGGGAGUUCUCGUGUUCUUAAUCCUCCUAAAAAGAUAGAUUUUGUGGCUGAUCACCCCUUCAUGUUCUUCAUCAGAGACGAAAUUACUAGAACGGUGUUGUUCAUCGGGCAGGUGCUCAAUCCGCUCGAGGGAUGAUCUAUACAUCUUGAGUUAAAUGUAAGUUCACUUAGUACUUGGAUGUGGUCUGCAUUGCCUGUGAGUUUAAUAUGAAGACUAAACAGACUAUACCUUUAUAUAUGUUUAUUAAU